CCCUCUUGUGUUGCGGAACAGUCAUCGCAGUCGACAAGGAGGAGAGUUCGGUUGAAAGCAGCAGCCAUAUUUUUUCAUCUCUCCCGUGUGUGUGAAUUAGUCAAACUUUGAGGGUAUCAACAUUACCAAAGAGAGGUGAAGAAGUGUGUUACCAAAGCUCGAUCAUGUCUCAACUGAGCCGACUUACUCAAAACAUCAGAAUGCUACGAACCUGUAGCUACCUUCUGCGUGUCACGAACCGUAGCACGGAAUCGGUAGCGACAUCCUUCCAAACUCAGCUGUACAGCACCGACUCGGGAAGCAACCAGCCCCGCGAAAGCUUCAGCGAGUUCCGUGCUCGUGAAGAGCUGAAAGAGCAGCAGCAGCUCCUCGCACAACAGCAAACACCGGACCAAAGUUCCUCCACCGGUGGUGCGAAUCAACCCGAGCAGGAAGACCCACAGGUUGCCGCCGUAAAGGACCGCAUCCUGGAGGCAUCCCUCGCGUUUGUCCCCAGCCACGGCUGGUCGCGACAGUCCCUGGCCAAGGGUGCCGAAAGUGUCAAUUAUCCCACCGUGACGAGCGGCCUGUUCCCCCGGGGAGGCAUCGAAAUUGUCCAGUUCUUUCACAAACAGUGCAACGAACAGCUGGUCGAUUACAUGAAGCAAGAGGUCGGCGCCACCGCCCCGGCAGAUCCGGCCGCCUUUGCCCAAAAGGCCAUCGAGGUGCGCCUGCGGAUGUUGAUCCCGUACAUGAAACAGUGGCCCCAAGCCAUGGCCCUCAUGACGCUCCCCCAAAACGUUACCAUCGCACUGUCCAACGUGCUAACAAUUUCGGACAACAUCUGCUACUACGCCGGGGACCGAUCGGUCGACUUUAACUGGUACACGCGCCGAAUUGGCCUGGCCGGCAUCUACAAAAUGACCGAACUGUACAUGCUGCAGGACGCUUCACCCGAUUACGCGAGAACCUGGUCCUUCCUGGAGCAUCGCGUCAAAGAGGGCAGCAAAAUGGACAGCUUGCUGCUAAAGUCCGAGGACGCAACGGCGCAACUCCAGAGUGCGGUCAGUUCCGUGUUUUCCACGGCGCGCAACAUCCUCGGGAUGGGCUUCGAGAGACGUUGAAAUGGAAAACUGUUUUAGCAAAAGUCAGAGCGUUAGACUCAAGAUUGUUUCGUAUAUAUACAGUAGAGCAAAACAAAAAUUAAACCUAUUAUUUUAAAACUCAGGAAUUAAUAAAUGUUGAGUUGAUGCAA